CUCCCUACCACACCAUUCCCUCCGCGGGUGGAGAAAGCAUUCUUCCUAAAGCAGCAGGGAUUUCCACACUGCUUCAACCGGAUAUUCCCGUCCGAAGCAGGAGAACUCCCGCCGCUCUUACCGCCCAACCGGGACACACAUUUCCUUUUAAUUUUGGAUAAUAUAAAUCGAAAAAUAAAUAGCAUAGCUCACGUUCUUACAUAGGUCUACCAAGCUGAUAUGGUAGAUUACCACGCUGCCAAUAACCAACAAUACACGGCCGAAGGAACACCAAUCUACAUGGAGCAAGAGAAUGACUGGGAUCGGGACCUGCUGCUGGACCCCGCCUGGGAGAAGCAGCAGAGAAAGACCUUCACCGCAUGGUGCAACUCGCACCUGCGCAAGGCCGGCACGCAGAUAGACAGCAUCGAGGAGGACUUCCGAGAUGGCCUCAAACUCAUGCUGCUGCUGGAGGUCAUAUCGGGUGAGCGGUUACCCAAGCCAGAGCGUGGAAAGAUGAGGGUCCACAAGAUCAACAACGUCAACAAAGCCUUGGACUUCAUCGCCAGCAAAGGAGUCAAGCUGGUGUCCAUCGGCGCUGAGGAAAUCGUGGACGGGAACGCCAAGAUGACCCUGGGAAUGAUCUGGACCAUCAUCCUGCGUUUCGCCAUCCAGGACAUCUCCGUAGACGAGACCUCUGCGAAGGAGGGUCUUCUGUUGUGGUGCCAGAGGAAGACGGCUCCCUACAAGAACGUCAAUGUCCAGAACUUCCACAUCAGCUGGAAGGAUGGUCUUGCCUUCAACGCUCUGAUCCACAGACACAGACCUGAGCUCAUCGACUAUGAUAAGCUUAGGAAGGACGACCCUUUGACCAAUUUGAACAACGCCUUCGAAGUGGCCGAGAAGUACCUUGACAUUCCCAAGAUGAUGGACGCAGAAGACAUCGUGGGUACACUGAGGCCCGAUGAGAAGGCCAUCAUGACCUACGUGUCCUGCUUCUAUCAUGCCUUCUCUGGCGCUCAGAAGGCUGAGACGGCUGCCAAUCGUAUCUGCAAAGUGCUGGCCGUCAACCAGGAGAACGAGCACCUGAUGGAGGACUACGAGAAGCUGGCCAGUGAUCUUCUGGAAUGGAUCCGUCGGACCAUCCCCUGGCUGGAGAACCGGGCCCCAGAGAAGACCAUGGCCGAGAUGCAGCAGAAGCUGGAGGACUUCAGAGACUACCGCCGGGUCCACAAGCCCCCCAAGGUCCAGGAGAAGUGCCAGCUGGAGAUCAACUUCAACACCCUGCAGACCAAGCUGAGGCUGAGCAACAGACCCGCCUUCAUGCCCUCAGAGGGGCGCAUGGUGUCCGACAUCAACGGGUCGUGGCACGCGCUGGAGGGCGCGGAGAAAGGCUACGAGGAGUGGCUGCUCAACGAGAUCCGCCGUCUGGAGAGACUCGACCACCUGGCGGAGAAGUUCCGCCAGAAGGCCACCAUCCACGAGGCCUGGACCGAUGGUAAGGAGGCCAUGCUGACCCAGAAGGACUACGCCACCGCCACUCUGUCGGAGGUCAAGGCGUUGCUACGGAAACACGAGGCCUUCGAGAGCGACCUGGCCGCACACCAGGACCGCGUGGAGCAGAUCGCCGCCAUCGCACAGGAACUCAAUGAGCUGGACUACUACGACUCCCCCAGUGUGAACGCUCGCUGUCAGAACAUCUGUGAACAGUGGGACAGCCUGGGCUCCCUGACCCAGAACCGCAGAGAGUCACUGGAGAGGACAGAGAAGCAGCUGGAGUCCAUAGACGAGCUGUACCUGGAGUACGCCAAGAGGGCGGCGCCGUUCAACAACUGGAUGGAGGGCGCCAUGGAGGACCUGCAGGACAUGUUCAUCGUCCACAACAUCGAGGAGAUCCAGGGCCUGAUCACAGCCCACGAGCAGUUCAAGUCCACCCUGCCGGACGCCAACAAGGAGCGGGAGGCCAUCCAGGCCAUCCAGGCGGAGGUGCAGAAGAUCGCCCAGCACAACGGCAUCAACCUGUCAGGGACCAACCCCUACACCUCCAUCACCCCGGAGAGCAUCGACAGCAAGUGGGAGAAGGUGCAGCGGCUGGUGCCCCAGAGGGACCAGGCCCUGCAGGAGGAGCUGGCCAAGCAGCAGUCCAACGACCACCUGCGACGCCAGUUCGCCACCCAGGCCAACAUGGUGGGGCCCUGGAUCCAGACCAAGAUGGAGGAGAUCGGCCGGAUAUCCAUCGAGAUGAACGGCACGCUGGAGGACCAGCUGACUCACCUCCGGGAGUACGAGCAGAGCAUCAUCGAGUACAAGCCCCACAUCGACCGGCUGGAGGGAGACCACCAGCUCAUCCAGGAGGCGCUCAUCUUCGACAACAAGUACACCGCCUACACCAUGGAGCACCUGCGUGUGGGCUGGGAGCAGCUGCUCACCACCAUCGCCAGGACCAUCAACGAGAUCGACAACCAGAUCCUGACCCGCGACGCCAAGGGCAUCAGCCAGGAGCAGCUCCACGAGUACCGCACCUCCUUCAACCACUUCGACAAGGACCACAGUGGAGCUCUGAUGGCCGAGGAGUUCAAGGCCUGUUUGAUCAGCCUGGGCUACGAUGUGGAGAACAACAAGCAGGGCGACGCUGAGUUUGCACGCAUCAUGGGCAUCGUUGACCCCAACAGCAGCGGCGCGGUCACCUUCCAGGCCUUCAUCGACUUCAUGUCCCGCGAGACCACGGACACGGACACCGCCGACCAGGUCAUCGCCUCCUUCAAGAUCCUGGCUGGAGACAAGAACUUCAUCACGGCUGAGGAGCUGAGGCGGGAGCUGCCCGCCGACCAGGCGGAGUACUGCAUCGCCCGCAUGGCGCCGUACGGGGGCCCCGACGGCGUCCCCGGGGCCCUGGACUACAUGUCCUUCUCCACUGCCCUGUACGGAGAGAGCGACCUGUAGGGACUCACAGAGGAGGAGGAGGAGGAGGAGGGAUCGCUGGACCGACGACAGAGGGAGGGAGGGAGAGGGAUGAAGGGAGAGAUGGUGAAGAGGGAGGUGGAGGUGAAGCAGAGAAUUAAGGCAGGUAGAGCAGAUGAGAAUUUAAAAGAGGUUGACUAUAUAUAUGUAGAAGUGGGUGGGGCUUCCUCCCCCACCCCGUCCCCCGCAAUCCAGUUGACUUGGUGUGUUCGCAGGUGCCCCUGAGGUGUGCCGGUUUAGAAAUAUUCUUUGCGUUUCUUUUCAAAUUGAAACUCUUUGACCUUGUCGAAUUGAACUCUUGUUAGAAUCGUUUAUCUAGCUAGCUUUUUCUCGGAACGGAUCAACAAUAAUCGCUGUCCAUUUGUCGUGUAAAAGCUAUCAUUCAAAACAGGCAUAUCCAGGGGCAACUAGGGAACAGGGGGGAGGGGUUGACUGUAGUGCAGGUCCUUAGCUUCACCCUCUCUGCCUUUUAUACGGGGGA